GGUUGUUAGAGACGUCAAAUUUUUGACAUUUCUUUAGGCUCUGUCAGGCCAUAGACACAAGGUUUCUUUUCGUUGUCAAGCAAUGGCGGAUCAGACGGAACGUUCAUUCCAAAAGCAACCGACGGUGUUCUUGAACCGUAAAAAGGGGAUCGGUUUGAAGCGCAGCCGUAAGCCUUUGAGGUAUCACAAAGAUGUGGGCCUCGGUUUUAAGACACCUCGCGAGGCGAUCGAAGGCACCUACAUCGACAAGAAGUGCCCGUUCACUGGCAAUGUGUCGAUCAGAGGCCGGAUCCUCACCGGAGUGGUGCAGAAGAUGAAGAUGCAGCGCACCAUCGUAAUCCGCCGCGAUUACCUGCACUACCUGCCCAAAUACAACCGUUUUGAGAAGCGUCACAGGAACAUGUCUGUGCAUUUGUCACCCUGCUUCAGGGAUGUGGAGCUGGGAGACAUCGUGACCAUCGGCGAGUGCAGGCCGCUCUCCAAGACAGUGCGAUUCAACGUGCUAAAGGUGUCGAAGGGCAAAGGAUCCAAAAAAUCCUUCAAAAAGUUCUAAAUAAAAUUAUUUUAUAAGUA